GCGUCUAUUGUUCACGAGUCCGUUGAGUAAUUAAUCAACCAUUAAAUUGUUUUUAAAUAAAAAAUUAAAACCAAUUAAAAAAAGUGUUCGCGAGUGUCAAUAAUAAUUAGUUACAUAUAAAUAUCAAAAUUUUAAAUAUUUAUUGUAACAGUAAAAUUUACUCGAACAAAAAGUUGUCAGAAUGGCGUACCGCCAAGUGCCGCCAGUAAUGGAGGAUACGCCGCAAAAACCAAAGCGUAUUUUUUUUCCUUCCGUUGAAGACAAAAAAGAAGCAACCGCUGAUGAUGACAAUCCUCAUCAUCAUGACGGCUCCAUGUCAACGGACACACCAAAUACGUCCAUUGAUGCUGGAGCUGAAAAAUCUGCGCCUUCAGUUCAUCAGAAUUUAUCACCGGUACGUGAAAAUGUUAAAAUAUUUUCCGGAGAAAGUCCGUCAAUGGACAUGCUGAUCAGUCGUAUGACUCGUCUUGGUUUGAAAACUCCCAUCAAUCAGCUCAAGUCAAGAAGAUCAUCGCUGAUGCCCAUGAACCGAAGCUUCAUGGGAAAUGUUGAAGACCAGGAUGUCCAGGAGUCAAGUCAAGGAACUUCCAAAAAAACCCUUUUUGAUUCAUCAAUAACUGAAGAAAAAUCAUCGUCUCAGCCACUGAAUAUCGAUGAUGAUUAUCUCAGCGUCGCACUGGAACGUACUCACGCGCAUCGCAAACGUUUGUCUGAACGGCCAUUUAUUUCAGAAUCUUUCUUAUCGACUGAUUUAAUUCCCUGGGAUAAUUCAGCGUCACCGGAAAAUAUAAAUGAUAAUAAACCGCGUGAUGAUAACGUUAUUGUCAGUGGCAGCACAUCUGAUGUCCAGCAGAAUUUACUGAAAGAUUCUGGUAUUGAUGCUGCAAUGAAAGUCGAUGACGCUGACGGUGAUGGCCGAGGUCUUGAGAAAGUUGAGAGUCCACUCAAACAGUCCGCGACGUCAACGCCACUUCAGUGUCUUCAAUUAGCGGGCACUCAAGAUAAUAAUUCGAUUUUGAAUGAGAGUCUUGUUUUUGUAUCACAGAUAUUGUUUUACUUGGCCCAGGUUAGCAAAAAAUGUUCAAUGAAAAGUAAAAUUUAUUCUAAAUGUGAAGAUUUGUCAGCAGAGGUUGAUAACGAUGAGCUUGCGGAUGAUGAUGAUGGUAAAGUUAUUUUACAGAAAGCUAUUGAUGAAGCUGUUGGUGAUUUAUUGGAGCCACGUCAACAGGAAGUGGUUCGUAAAAGUUUUUUGAAAAGUUUUAAUGAGGAAUGCGUUAAAUUAAUUGAUGAUCCUGAAGAGUUUGAUAAAAAUAAAUCUUUCAAAGCUGAUAAAAAUGAAUAUCAUGAUUUCCAAGCGAUCAGAAAAAUUAAAUCUGAGCCUGAUUGCUCUAGUUUGGGCUCUGACGUGGAAAAAAUAAAAGCUGCGACUAUCGUUGAAACUAGAGAUGAGGAAGAGUCAAGUGAUCAAGGCCCUGGUCAAGACGAAUCAGCUACCGCUGAGCAUUUCAGUAAAAUUACAGACCACGGCUUCACUCCAGAGGAUCAAGCUUCUUUAUCUUCAAUAAUUAGUUAUCAAAGUCCAAUGUCUUAUAUACAAACACCAGCUGAUACUCAGGAUCAUCAAUCAAUGUCAUCAAUGCAGUCCAGUUAUUCGAGUGACUCGAUAGCCGCUGAAUUAAAUCCUGGAGCUUCAGGAGCUUCAAGUCUUUCACUGAAUUACGAUAGCCCACGAGCUCUGAAGAGAUCUAGUUCGACAGAUACCAAAGAUCAUCAAUCAUUGUCAUCAUUGCACUCCAGUAAUUCCAGCGAAUCAAUGGCAGCAGAUUUUGUUCCUGAGAAUCAAGAGCCUUCGAGUUUACUAGUCAACAUUGGAAGCCCAAAACGCUCAAGAAAGAUGAGGACAAAUUUUCCCAAAAAUUUGUCAUCAUCUUUAUCCGCCCAAUCACAACUUUAUGAUUCUAAUUUAAGUAAAUCAGCAUCUAAUUUACAGAGCGUAAGUACGCAUGCCAAUCAAGGAUCCAGUGUCGACCAAGAUCUGUCAGAAGCUGCGUCUUCGCUAUCAGAUUCUGAUCGAAGCAAACAUUCAAAUCUUUCUACGACUAGAUUUGAUGAACACUAUCCUAAAUUUUCCGAAGCUUCUACUUUUGAAUUUGGCAGACACUCGCCAACGAGAAGCCAUCAUUCCGGUUCUAGCUUUCGGAGAUUCUCUCCAAACAGGCGUUACAGCAAUGUUUUUAACGCUGAUCCCGGUGCUGCUAGUUUCGAGCAAGACAGUGGACCGUCAGGCUUGAUGAUACUAGAAGAAGAAGACAAUCCAAGUCCUCAGGUGAUGCCAGAACGCCCGUCUCGGCCUGGUAAUUUCGGCCAUCAUUACUGUAGCCCCGGGAUGUUUCUUCGUGCUAUGGAUUCUGACGAUGAUGAUGAAAAGGAUACGUCGAGUAUGAUCGUCGAAGCAAGUACGUCUGAACCAGCUAGUAUUGCUGAUCUAGCUGAUGCCAGUCUGGAUCAGUCUUCCAGUUCAAAGGAAUCUAGUGACUUGAAUGCUUCUAGUUUUGGUGUCCAGGUCAGCAAAUCUCAGACGCCGUACGACCCUCUGGAAAUUGAAGAAAGUUUAGCAAAAAUUAAUUCGUUAAUGUUGGGCCUUAAAAAUGUUUAUAAAACUACGACUGAAGAUGAGUCAAAAAAUACUAGUAAAUUAUGCACUAUUGAAGUUACUGAAGUUGAAGAUCAAUCGUCAAUUGAUUCUCCUGAAAUGGAAAGUAUGGAAGUAACUGGAGUUGAAGAUCAGUCACAAAGUCAUCAUGAAUUGGAAAGUAUGGAAGUAACUGGAACUGAAGAAGAGUCAAAAAAUACCAGUGAAUUAAAAAACAUCGAAACAAUUGAAUUAAAUGAUUCUGUUGAAUUAUUAGUAGAAUCAGCAGCCUUAGAAACGGAAGCUGCCGUUCAAAAUUUAGACAUUUCGAAUCGUACAAUUGAUCUGGAUUCUACAGUGGAAAUAAAAGAUGAUUCAUUCGUGUCGCCGAUAGAAACUUCUUUUGGGCCUGACAGAGACGAACACUCAGGCUCAAUCAUUGACUCUUCAGUCGUAGACUCAGCCAACACCACAACCUUUUUCGACGCACUUGAAACGCUUGAUCACUCGGAGCUAGAAGAAUCCAAGCCUUCGACAUCCAGCGCUGAUGUGAAAUCCCCCAAAACUCCGACCCCGCGGUCGAGAAGAAAGGCAGUGAGUCUGUUCAAGAAAUUAAUGCAGAAAACUCCUCAUGCAGGUUCAAAACCCAUCGCGUCAUCGACUGCCGUUGAAGAUUCAGACAAUUCUAUUUCAAUAAAAUUUAAUCAGUCUGAAAAACAACCAGCGCCUGUUUUCAAGAGAGCAGAAGGUGUGCCAUUUCCACCGUCUCACAAACUGACAGUGGCAGAGGUCUUCGAUGCACGAACAGGAAGACCUCGACCAGAUGUACUCAAGCAUCACUUCAUCCUUGAAGGAAGAAUUGACGAAGCGGCAGCACUGCGCAUCGUCAAUGAUGGCGCUUCUCUUCUACGAUCCGAGAAGACAAUGAUUGAUAUCGAGGCUCCAGUAACUGUAUGCGGUGACAUCCAUGGACAAUUCUACGACCUUAUGAAAUUAUUUGAAGUUGGAGGUCCACCUUCGACAACAAAAUACCUCUUUCUGGGUGACUACGUGGAUAGGGGUUACUUCAGUAUCGAGUGCGUAUUGUACCUGUGGGCAUUGAAAUUGUGCCAUCCAACCACUCUCUUCCUACUCAGAGGCAACCAUGAGUGCCGGCAUCUCACGGAAUACUUCACAUUUAAACAAGAAUGCAAAAUAAAAUACUCGGAGAAAGUAUACGAUGCGUGUAUGGACGCCUUUGACUGUUUACCACUAGCUGCCCUGAUGAACCAGCAAUUUUUGUGCGUUCACGGUGGCCUAUCACCCGAAAUCCAUCACUUAGAAGACAUCCGGAAGUUGGAUAGGUUCAAAGAGCCCCCAGCUUAUGGACCCAUGUGUGAUUUACUAUGGUCGGAUCCACUCGAAGACUUUGGUAACGAAAAAAAUGCCGAACACUUUUCUCACAAUAGCGUUCGGGGUUGUUCGUAUUUCUACAGCUAUGCAGCGUGUUGCGACUUUCUGCAAAACAACAGUCUCUUGAGUAUCAUAAGGGCGCAUGAAGCACAGGACGCUGGCUAUCGUAUGUACCGUAAAUCCCAGACGACGGGCUUCCCAUCGCUCAUAACAAUAUUCAGUGCGCCGAACUACCUCGAUGUUUACAACAAUAAGGCGGCCGUGCUCAAGUACGAGAACAACGUAAUGAAUAUCAGACAAUUCAACUGCUCGCCACAUCCAUACUGGCUGCCAAACUUUAUGGAUGUGUUCACGUGGUCCCUGCCCUUCGUCGGUGAAAAAGUAACUGAGAUGCUGGUUAAUGUAUUGAAUAUUUGUUCGGAUGACGAGCUCAUGAGCGACGGAGACGACGCCCUCGAAGAAGUCGCAGCCAAAGUCGUUGUCCAAAAAAAAAAUGGUGCAGCAGCGAAUUUACGCAAGGAAGUCAUCAGGAACAAAAUCAGAGCGAUUGGAAAAAUGGCACGAGUAUUUUCCGUCCUCAGAGAGGAGAGCGAGAGUGUAUUGCAGUUGAAAGGACUUACGCCCACGGGUGCUCUUCCUUUGGGAGCACUGUCAGGUGGCAAGACGUCUCUGAAAAACGCGCUCCAAGGAUUCUCACCGAACCACAAAAUUACGUCGUUCGCUGAGGCCAAGGGUCUCGAUGCCAUAAACGAGAGAAUGCCACCGCGAAAAGACGCACCUCCUACGCCAGUAAAUGAAGAAAAACCCGUGAUAAAACCUGCGGCAGCAGCUACUGGAGAAAAGCGGGACCAGUGCACACCUCAGCCCCACUCGUGAGUCUCAUAAACGUCUUAUUUGAGGUGACAAUGAGUUUUUAAAAUCUCAUUGCUCUUUAAAAUCAUCAAUGUUACAUUGCUCGUCUACCCUAAAUUAGAAAUAGCCGUUGUAUUUGCAUCGAGCCAAACCAGAUAACCAAGAGGAUAAACAUUAAAAAAUUUUAAAAAAAUUAAAAAAAAAUUAAAAACAAAAAAAAUUAUAAAAAAAAAAAAGAAGAAAAAGAAAAAGAAGAAUAAAAGGAUACGUGACAUCUCAUCACCGACUCGUAUACUUAAAAUACAUGCGCAGACAUCCAUACAUACAUUUUUAAAUAUAUAUAUAUAUAUAUAUAUAUAUAUAUUUAUGUGCAUACAUAUACAUAUAUUCAUAUAUAUAUAUAAUGUCAAGGUGAAUAAUACAUGUUAGACGAAUAUAUGAGAAUGUAAAAUGAUGUUUUAAAAUGUACAUAUAAAAAUGCAUAAUUCUUUCACGCGUGCGUGAAGAAAUACAAGUUUAGUAAAACGUCAGAAAUGAACAACGCCCACCUUAUAAACACUACAUUCUUAUAAAUUAUUUCAAAACUAAGACAGGUGUUACAAUUAAAUAUUUUUUUUACCAAAAGAAAAUUCGAUUUAAAACUUAUCACAGAAAAAAAAAAUUCUUGGCGCAAAAAAAUCUUUGCACCUUGAAAUUAAAAAAAAAAUUUUCUCAGGACUAGAAAAAAUUUAUUGUGCCAAGAAAUUAUUUUUUUUCUGUGUAAGCAGCAAAAGUUAAAUAAUUAAAAAGUUUUGAUUUUCUGAUCCCGCAUUAAUUUCAAUAACAAAUUUGUCUUUGCGUAUCCAUAGCUAGUUAGUGUAUAAAUAAAAUAUGUAGGGUAUAUGUAUGUACAUUUUGGAGCCAUCAAAUAGACAUUCCCGUAUAUCGCGUUACGUCCCAAGAGAAUACACAAUACAGGAUACAUAACAUAACACAACACAACACAACACACACGACGAGAACAGAGCACACGCCCAGCAAUAUACAGACGGAAGUUAAAUGCCAGUGACAGUAUGUAUGGUUUAUUAAUGAAAAUGAAGUUAAAAAAUAAUAAUUCAAUGAUUGCACACCGUAAUGGCAGCUGGUCUGCCGCGGGUGGAUGGACCUUCGUUCCUACUUCAAGCUUACUGAGAAAUAAUUAUUAUUAUUUAAUAUAUAUACAUAUAUAUAAUUAAAUAUACAUAUAUUAUACAAACACCUUUUCAUUAAACGUACACGCGAGAAAUACAAGCGACCACGAUUAUUUACUGAGUACAAGUGUCGGUCUGCAAAAUAAUGCCAACUUUUAAGUCUCAUUAAACAUUUUGUUAAUUAAAUUUAUUUAUUUGUUUGUUUGUUUACUUGUUCAUUACUGAUAACGCCGUUUGGAGCUCUGAGUUUUUCUUUAUUAAUUACAUCGGUUAAUUGUUAUUUAUAAUUAGAAAUAGUUUAAUUAAGCGCAGUAUUGCCAUUACAAACACACAUUUUUUUUUCCUUUAAAAAUCGCGUUGAAAAAAAAAAAAGGGUAUUUUAUUUCUUGCCGUUAAUUAGCUAUGGGCAUAAUUAAAAUUAUCUUCACCUUGACUAAUUACUUUAACCUUUAUUAGUAAAAUAUUUAAAAAAAUAUAAAUACGAGCUCGGAAUUGUGAUAAGAUCAUUGGAGAUCAAGUAAAAUCUAGUCAACGCAAAUUAAAUAAAAAAAAACAACAAUUCUUAAUAUUCUUUUUCUUCUUUUUAAAUAAUCUCAUAAAAGUGCAAUAUCGCUAUUUGAAUCUCAGGUUAAUUGUUUAAUGGACUGUAUUUAUUUAUCCAUGCUGAAUUUAUUUCAUUAAUUAUUGUUUAAGAUAAUAAAUAAUUAUUAAGGUCAUUCUCAGACCCCCGCUUUUUAAAAAUAUCCAAUGACAUUUAGCUGACAAGUUCAUCAAAAUUUUAUCGAAUGAUUUUAAAAAAUUGAAACAUUGAUUGAAAGAAAAAUUUCGCCGGGAUAAAAUUUUGAAAAAUUACUUGCAGUUGACAUCAAUUAGAAGUCAAAUAAAAUUUUUAAAUUCUAAUUAUAACUGUCUUGAAAAUUUAGGGAAAUUUAUUUUCCAAAUUUCAUUUGACUUCUAAUUGAUGACAACUGUAAGUAAUUUUUUUUCGGCGAAAUUUUCCUUUCUUCAAUUAAGGCUUCAAUUUUUUUUAAUUAAUUGAUAAAAUUUUGACACAUUUGACAGCUCAGUCAUCUAAAAUUUUAUUGAUUAAUUUUAAAUAAUUGAAGUAUUAAUUGAAAGAAAAAUUUCGCCGGGAUAAAAUUUUUAAAAAAUUACUUGCAGUUGACAUCAAUUAGAAAAUAAAUUUCAAUGUCAAAAAUUUUUUAAUUUUAAUUAUAAAUGUCAUGAAAAUUUAUUUUCCAAAUUUCAUUUGACUCCUGAUUGAUGUCAACUGUAAGUAAUUUUUAAAAAAUUAAUUUUCGGGAAAUUUUCUUUUUUCCAAAUAAUGCUUCAAUUUUUUUUUAAUUCAUUGAUAAAAUUUUGAUACAUUUGACAGCUCGGUAAUCAAAAAUUUCAUCGAUUAAUUUUAAAAAAUUGAAGUAUUAAUUGAAAGAAAAAUUUCGCCGGGAUAAAAUUUUUUAAAAAUUACUUGCAGUUGACAUCAAUUAGAAAACAAAAGUUUUAAAAUAAAUUUCAGUGUAAAAAAUUUUUAAAUUCUAAUCAUGAACAUCAAAAAUUUAACGGAAAUUUAUUUUCCAAAUUUAAUUUGACUUCUAAUUGAUGACAACUAAGUAAUUUUUUAAAAAUUAUUUUUCAGGAAAUUUUCCUUCUUUCAAUUAAGGCUUCAAUUUUUUUUUAAUUAAUUGAUAAAAUGUUGACACAUUUGACAGCUCAAGGAAAAUUUUCAAAAAGUGGAGGGAAUUGUCUGAGAAUGUCCUUAAUAAUUAACGGAUGUUACGUAUCGAGACUCCAGACGGCUGCAGUUAAAAAAAAAUGAAUCUCGCGAUAAAUAUGAAUUAAUUAAAAAUAAAUGAUGUGAGGAUUUAUAGAUUAAUUAUAUAAAUAAUAAUAAUUACUAUAAUAAUAUUAAUAAUAAUAAUAAUGUUAAGCCAUGACACUUCGGUCCCUUUUUAAAUAAUAAAAUUAGCGCUCGUUAUUUUAAAAGCGCAUCGAAUGCACUCGCAUCCACGCGAGAAGAGUGAGAAAUCAGCAACAAAUAAAUAAAUAAUAAUAACAAUAGCGGUAUUUAUUUAAAAUAAAAAUUGCAUUGGGGAUCGUAAGGAAUAAAAUGGUAAAAAAAUGAUAAAUAAAAACUAGCGUUAAAGAUUUUAAAUGUGUGUUGCUAUCGAAAUAAAACUGGACGAGUAUUCAAUAAAAUCCGAGUGUCGUUUUUAAAUAUUAAGUACACAGAAAGCGGAGUCUUUGCCGAUACCAACUCUAAGUAUGAGCCUGAGGUUUUAAUUCCCUUCGUGCAUUGUCGCGCUAUAAAAUUUAAAUUUUAACAAAAUUUAUUAAAAAUAUCACUUACAUAUUACAUUUAUUCUACACGUAAUCCCUCAUUUUUAAUCCACCGCCUCAGUUACAUAUGUUGUAUAUCGUUAACUAUAAUAUUAAUGUAAACAUUAAUUAAUUAAUUCAUUAAUUAACUAAUACAUAUGCGUACAAUGAGAAAAAUAUCGCCUCACUAAUUCCAAAAGGACUUUUUUUUUAUGAAAUUUUAGGAAACUCUCUAAAGUCAAAAGGGCGCGUAAUUUUUUUUUGAAUCCUUAAUCAUAUUGUCGACUUUUUCUGCAGCUUAAAAUUUUGAAAAUAAAUUUUUAGCUGUAGGUAAAAGACCCAGUACUCGAUCACUCAUAUAUUUGUAUAUCCCUGAUCGGGUACUAGGUCUUUUACUUACAGCUAAAAAUGUUUUUCCAAAAUUUUAAGCUGCAGAAAAAGUCGACAAUAUGAUUAAGGAUUCAAAAAAAAAAAUUACGCGCCCUUUUGAUUUCAAAUUUUAUAAAUAAAGCCAAAAGGGCGUAUAAAUUUUUUUUAUUACCAACCGUUUUGUAGACUGAUUCUAAGGGAAGAGACCCAGUACCCAAUCAGGGAACUAGUACCCGAUAACUCAUAUAUUUGUAUAUCUAUAUUUAGUAAAAUUUAUUAAAUAUCGAUAUACAAAUUCAUGAAGUAAUCGAGUACUAGUUCACUGAUCAGAAACUAGGUUUUUUACUUACAGCUAAAAAUUUUUUUUCAAAAUUUUAAGCUGCAGAAAAAGUCUACAAUAUGAAGGAUUCAAAAAAAAAUUACGCGCCCUUUUGGUUUCAAAUUUUAUAAUCAAAGCCAAAAGGGCGUAAAAUUUUUUUUCCAAUCGUAGAUUUAUUUUAUAACUAAAAACUGAAAAAAAAAAAUUCAAAAGCCAAAAGGUCAUUUAAAUUCCGCGCCCUUUUGGUUUUUGAAAUUUUCAGCUUUAGCAUAAGUCCGCAUUGUUAAGGAUUAAAAAAAAAUUAUACGCCCUUUUGGUUUUAAAUUUCCAACUAAAGUCAAAAGCGCGUAAAAAAUAUAUGUCCUUUUAUAAUUAGUGAUGCGAUAUAUAAAUAUAUAAAGAAAUAAACGCAUGGCAAAGAUCCCUUUCGUGUUAACCGAGGGUUUAAAAAAUAAUAAAAUAUCUCUUUCUCAAUCUGUCUCUUAAUCUUUCUUUAUCUUCACUUAAAUAAUUAUUAUUAUAAAAUAUUAAUAAUAAAAUAAUAAUAAUAAUAUUAAUAUUAAUAACAAAUAAAAAUAAUUCUAUCUCUCUUUGCUACCAAGUUGUACUUAUUCUUAAUUUACUUGUACAAAUAAAUAAAAAAAAAAAUAAUUAAAAAAUGUGUUAAAUAAAAUACAUUUUAUGAUAAAUAUUAUUAAUUAUUAAUUAUUACUAUUAAUUAAUUAACGUACAUGAAAUAAAAAAAAAGUAAUCAUACAUAUAUGUAUGUGUAAUGUUGUAAAUACAUGUAUGUAUGUAUGUGUACGUAUAUCAUAAUAAUAAACUUACUAUUCAUUAAUAUCACUAUCGAAAAUUUAAAUUACUACUACUGUUUAAUUAUAAUUAUAAUUAUAUUAAUAAUAAUAAUUAUAUUAAUUAAAUAAAAAAAAAUAACGAAUAGAGUGAGUGAAGAGUAUGGAUCAUUUUGCCGACAGGUGUUAACUCUGGUCAUACAUCCUAGUGCGAGCUGGAUAAAUUUAAAAA